AUGGACCCUCACCACCGCCAACCACUACCACCCCGUGGACAACGUCCAGCAGGAGCAGUGAAAGAUAUCCGCCAAACAAAAGAAUAUAAACUUGCUGCGAGACGAUGGAUAUCAGUAAUGGUGGGAUUGCCCAUCUUGAUGUAUACGUCUUGGAGUUUGUAUGAGAGGACGUAUGGGGAUAAGAGGCCGAAGAGAUUGGUGGAGAGGUCGUCUGCUUCUUCUACUACUUCUAUUACUACUUCGGGGGUGAGUUCUGGGAAGGGUGAGGGGGAGGGGGAGAAGUAA